AUGGAAAUCUGCCCAACUAAUAGUCAAGAAUGCUUACACCCAAGUGGAACCUCACCCGUUCUAGCGUUUUCUGGACUCUCAUCAAAAAAGAAAUCGCUGGUUUCUUCUUCGAGCUUUAUCGCUGUCUUGCAUAGCUUUCCUCUCAAAUUUGUUACACUGAAUUUUCCAAUCAGAGGGGACAUGGCGGCUGCUCAUGUAGUGUACAAGGGUCCAAGUAUUCUGAAGGAGAUCCUUAUUGGGAUAAGUCUGGGCAUCACGGCUGGAGGCCUUUGGAAAAUGCACCACUGGAACGUUCAGAGACGAAACAAGGAAUUUUAUGACCUGCUCGAGAAAGGUGAAAUUAGUGUCGUCGUGGAAGACGAGUAG